CUUGGCACCGGGCACUUGGCACUCACUUGGCAACCCUCGCUGCUGGGGGUCGGGAAACGAGGGGGAGUGGGACAGACGAGCGCCGAGCUUGCGUCAAAUGCGGACGCCAGUUGGACGCAGAUCGGGAUUGGAGGCAGCCACGUUUCCCAGUCAUCCGCCGUGUGUGUCGCAGCGCCUGUGUCUGUGUGUUGUGCCCUUCCGUGCCGCAUGUGUGGCGUUCCGCGAACGGGAUGUGAAGCGGAUCUUCGCCAGCGUUCAUCCUCUCAUCGCCAUCAACCGGACUCGGCUGCUACAGCUGCCUUAGCUGCUCCAGCUCGGAGUUCAGCUCCUACUCCUGCUUCUGCUCCUGCUCCUGCCCGAAACUUCUUUGUCAACCGGCGACGUUUUGGGUUUUCCACGCGUGCACAUCUCACGGUGUAGCAGCGCUGCCAUGGGGCAGGAGAUGUGUGUGUUCCGUGCACUCCCUGCAUGCAGUGUGAGCAUGUGCAUCAUCAUCUCGCUGUCGAUCGCGAUCUCUGAAUCUCUCCGACACUCGCUCUCCGUGUGAGUUUCCCCGCCCAGGGUGGCGCAGUUGGAAAAUGAGCACGUGCGAGGCGGCGGCCGCUGGCGAGGAUGGGAGCCAGUCCAAGUCCGAGGAGAGCCAGCCGCCGGACGACCAGCAGAACCAGAAGCAGCACCAGGAGAAGCACGAGAGGCAGCUGGACAAGCAGCAGGAGAAGCAACCGCAGAAUGGCAAGGCCGAAACGGAAGCCCCUGACAAACCAAAUCCUCACCCCCAACUUGAAGGCAUCCGGAGCUCUGUCCUCCUGGACUCCAGUGCUGCCGCUCCCUCGAUAGAAGCAUUGGUGGCCUGCAAGGAUGCCCUGCUCGCCCAGAAGCUCUUCGCCAGCGGCGGCGGCACGACGCCCGGCCCCAGUCCCACAUCCUCGGCGGUGGGAGCAGGCGGGGUGAGUGGCAAGGACCUGCUCAAACUCAAGGAGCCCAUGCGCGUGGGCUUCUACGACAUCGAACGCACCAUUGGCAAGGGCAACUUUGCCGUGGUCAAGCUGGCCCGACAUCGAAUCACCAAGAACGAGGUGGCCAUCAAGAUCAUCGACAAGUCGCAGCUGGACCAAACAAAUCUACAGAAGGUCUACCGCGAAGUGGAGAUCAUGAAGCGCCUGAAGCACCCACACAUCAUCAAGCUCUACCAGGUUAUGGAGACAAAGAACAUGAUCUACAUAGUAUCGGAGUACGCCAGCCAGGGAGAGAUCUUUGAUUACAUUGCAAAGUACGGGCGGAUGUCGGAGUCGGCGGCUCGGUACAAAUUCUGGCAAAUCAUCUCGGCGGUGGAGUACUGUCACAAAAAUGGCAUUGUGCAUCGUGAUCUCAAGGCGGAGAACCUGCUCCUGGAUCUCAACAUGAACAUCAAAAUAGCGGACUUUGGCUUCUCCAAUCACUUCAAGCCGGGUGAACUCCUGGCCACCUGGUGCGGAUCUCCGCCGUACGCAGCACCCGAGGUUUUCGAGGGGAAGCAGUACACAGGUCCGGAGAUUGAUAUUUGGUCACUGGGUGUGGUGCUCUAUGUUCUGGUAUGUGGCGCCCUGCCGUUCGACGGAUCCACACUGCAGAGCCUCCGGGAUCGGGUGUUGUCCGGCCGCUUUCGCAUCCCGUUCUUCAUGAGCUCCGAGUGCGAGCACCUCAUCCGCAGGAUGCUGGUGCUGGAGCCCACGAGGCGCUACACCAUCGAGCAGAUCAAGCGCCAUCGGUGGAUGUGCCCCGAGCUGCUGGAGCACGUCCUCAUCGCCAAGUACAAUCUGGGAGCCGAGCGGCAGGCGGGCAUGGAGCCCAGCGAGGACAUCCUGCGCAUCAUGGCCGAGUACGUGGGCAUUGGUCCGGACAAGACGCGGGCCAGUCUCAAGAAGAACACCUACGAUCACGUGGCGGCCAUCUAUUUGCUCCUCCAGGAUCGGGUUAGCCACAAAAAGGAGCAGAGCAAUGGCUCGGCUUCCGGUCCAGUUGCCGUUUCCGUUUCCUCGUCGGCCGCCGCCAGUCGGAUGCUCUACAAGAGCACCAAGAUCGACCAGCAGCAGCCGCCGCAGCAGCCACAGCCACACCCACAUCCACAUCCACAUCCACAGCAGCAGCAGCCCAAGACAAUAUCCACCAGCUCGAUCCUGCCCAAGGAUCAGGCCCACAAAAGACUUAGCCGCCAUCAGACGGUGCUCAUGAGUGAGCGAACGUCCCACGCUGGGACCACGCCCACUGUCCCGGAUCCCGGAUCCGGGUACUAUGCCAAGUACGGCCCCCUGCAACUGCCACUCCCCCUGCCAGGGCCCGCCCACCUGGCCGGGUAUCUCAAUGGAGGAGGAGGAGGAGGAGCCGAGGUGGACGCCGCCGGGAUACCCCUGCCAAUGCGGUACACGCCUCUGCCGACGGCCGCCUCGCCCGCUCCCUCAAACUGCUCAUCCACAUCCUCGAGGAUCGGGCGGCACAGCCUGAGCUCCAGCUCGCCCAGAAGCCAUCGACCGGUGGCCAUCUCACUGAGCAUCGACAACAAUCCCUCGCUGGCCAACCUGCGCUGCCGGGAGAUGAUGGAGGCAGGAGGCGGACCUGUCGGAGGCGUGGGUGUGCCUCUGGUGUCCAAGCAGCUGCAUCAGACCAUCAGCGAGUACAUCAUCAAACAGAGCACCGAAGACUGCCGGGCACUGCUGCAGCAGUCAACAGCAGUGGCGGAGGGCAAGGAGGAGUCGUCGAAGGUGGAUGCCGGCGCAGGAGCCGCCAAUCCACCCGCCUCCACCACACCCACAUCCAAUGCAGCGGCACUGGGAGCGGGACCAGGUCCAGGUUCGGGCUCCUGCCCCGGUGAGAUGAACAGCAAGACAAUAAAGGCCAUGUCCAGCUCGAGCAGCUUCGACUCCAAGGCCAAUCUGGGCCAGAGCUUUCGCUACAAGAUGUCCGCCGAGGCCAGCAAGCUUUUCCAGACCCUCCAGGAGAGUCCUUUGCCAGUGGAGCAACGGGCCAAGCGACGCGGGCACCUGGGAAGCACCAAUGGCAGCGGUGGCGACUCUGGCCAGGAAAUCAACGAGUCUAAAUCAAAUGGUGACAGUAGCCGAUCGGAGAAGAAGGUGCUGGCGCAGGGAAGCUCCAGCACGGACGAAGGAUGCGAGACGGACCAGGGCAACGAGGCGGGAUCGGCCUCCCAGGAGUCGAAGGGCAGCAAUGGCAGUGGCGGAGGCGGAGGGAACGCCAACGGCGGCCCCACCUCGCACUCCAGCAGCGAUCUCACCCACCUCGCCGGAACCACCACCUCCGGACAGAGCCACCGGAUGCGCUCGUAUGCCAGCAGCAGCUCCUCCAGCGGAGUGCUCGCCGGGAGCGCUGGCAGCUACUCGAAGAGUCUAAGCCAGAACCUGAGUCGCGGCUCCUCCAAGAGCAAUUGCAGCGGUCCCUACGACAGCCUGGACUUCGCCCUGCCCUCCGGGAAGGGCAGCCUGCCCUCGUGCAUGGGCUCCAGCUCGAUGCUGGCCACGCCCACCCCGGCCUCGGCCUCGCCGGCGGCCAUCUCGUCGGAGCACUCGUCGGAGAGGUCGCUGUACGGCAGCCACAACUCCUGCAUCCACAUGCCCGGUGCUCUGGCCUUGGGCCUGGGUCUGCCCCAAAGUUCGGCCUCCACGCCCACGCCUAAUCCCACGCCGCCGCCCAAUGGAGCUGGCGCUCCGUUUCUGGACAAGCGGUCGCCCAUACACUUCCGCGAGGGACGACGGGCGAGCGAUGGCCUGGUGGCCCAGGGCCUGCUGAGCUCCGGCUCCUUGUUGGGCACGAGUCGCGUCUACGGAAGCUAUCGCUACGAGCAGGCCAAGCGGCACGGCUGGCUGGAGAUCCAGCAGCUGCAGCAGGAGGCGGCCGUGGGGCAUCCCCACCCGCAUGCCCACCAUCAGCAUCCGCAUCAGCAUCCACAUCCGCAUCACCAUCCUCAUCCGCAUCCACAUGCCCAGGCUUACGGCUUGGAGGAACUCUGUCAAUUUCCGAAUGGUCAAUUCUACGCUCUGCCCGGCAAGCACCAUCCCCUGCUGACUUUGCCCCAUCACCAUGGUCACCCAGUGCACCAUGGCCACCACCCACUGUUCCACCCAGGCCACCAGGCCGCGCCGUUGCUGUUGGAAACGGCGGCUGGUGGGGAUCUGUACGGACACGGAUGCUAUGCCCCGCCACCGCCGCCCCCAGGACUAUAUCCACACCAUCCGCUGGGCGUGGGAGUGGGUGUGGCCGUGCCCAUGUCUCCGAUGCAGAAGCCACCGCUGCAGCAGCAACUACUGCAGCACCGCCUGCUGCAGCAGAAGCGUCAGCUUUUCCAGAAGCAGUAUGCCCUGGAGGCCCAGUUGGCAGGACGUCAUCACCAUCACCAGCAGCAGCAGCAGCAGCACAGCCAUCACCACCACCAGCAGCAGCAACAGCAGCACCACCACUUUGGCCAUACCCUGGGUCAUCCACCGCCUCCGGCUCCCGCUCCGGAACAGCACCUGGCCGACGAGCUGUACGAGUUGGCCCUGCUCGAUCGACCCAGGAGCGGAACCCCCAGGCUGCAGCACUCCAUGACCAUGCCGGGAGCCCAUGCCUUCAGCCAGAUGAACCUGAAGACCUCCUAUAUCAGCCAAUCGGACCAGGGAGCGGGUGCGGCGCCCAACGGAGGCGGUUCCGUUGCGGGAGGAGUGUCCUGCUCAGCGCCACCGUCCACAGCGCCGGGCACGCCCACGGUCAAGUGCAAGCCGGCCACGCCCCACGGGCACAGCCUGGAGCCCGACUAUCAUACAUCCACGCCCGUGCUCAGCCUGUUUGCACCCAACUGGCAGUCGCUGGUGAAGCCGCUCAGCGAGAGCCCCAUCCUCGAGAUAUCCGAGCACCUGGAGUCAGUCUGAGGGGAUGGCCCUUCGGGGGAGUGGGUGUAAGAGGCAUCUAACUAAUGGGGGCCGGAACGGGGCAACCUUUUUAUUAAGCUCGCAAUCGCAAUUAUGAAUUAUUUGAUCCAUAUACGAUAUACACCCAUGCAUACAUAUACAUAGCCUAUACAAGUACGUAUACCUAUACAGAUACGGAUGCGAAGCGGAGUCGGAGUCGGAGUCGGAUUAACAUCGAUCGCGGCAGGAGCUAUAUUUAUUGGAGCCGAUGGAAUCAAUGCCGAACCGAGCCAUGCCGUAAUAUUGAAAGAUUUAGUUGUGUUACUAGCCUUAAGUAGUCCAAGUUUCGUACGCAUACACGCAGACAUAUACAAUAUGUAUAUUGAUAAUAAUAGCGUUAAGCUAUAGAUCUACUUAUGAUUACACUAUACACUAUACACUAUUGUAUUGCCCCCACGGCGGAGUGGCCCGGAAAAUCGGAAAUCGGAAAUUCGGAAUUCGGAGUUGGGUGGAUGAGAACAACGUAACUACAUAUAUCAAUUAUUCAAAGCAUUUAUUGGGGGCAUAGAUAGGGUAUAUCCAUAUACGGAUAUAUCUAUUAUGUAUUGGUACAAUAAUUAGCGACAAGCAAAAAAAAAAAAAAAAAACAAACUAAAACAAACAAACAUCGAUUGUUCUUAAACAUGGAAUUCAAAUGUAAAACCAGAUAUUAAAGUCAUUUGGUAUAAAAUGCAA